GCUUUGGAAAGGGGGGGGGUCGCUCUGGUCCCGAGGACUUUUGACUUCGGGGAAAGAAAGGGGUCGCAUUCUGAAGUGUGCUUAAAACAGACGCCUGGGUUCCGAGGCAUUUGUUUUCAGCGGAGGGGGGAAUGUGCUCAAAGUGCCGCUACUGACUUAUACCUGACUUGAUAGUCCCUGGGGUUGGGGACCAAGCAGGGUGGUUUAUUGUGCUUUGCCAACCUCCCAAUUGCGCCUCAAUUGUGGGAAUCCGGCGCCUUCAUGGGGAAUUUUGUGGGUGCUCGGACCCCAGGGAGUUGGCACCGAUGUUAUGGAAUAUUGAGCGCUUCCAGACAGAAGUUCGGAGAUGCUCCUUCUUGCAGGCAAGGUUUUUGCAGCUUCCACAGCUUGUCAUCAAAACGCCUGCGAUGCUUAACAUUUAAUCUGGAAACAUUACUGUGGAAAACCCGAAAAGUAAUGAAUAACCUGUUCCACAUCUGCCCACUGCUCCUUAGCACAUUUUUUCUCGGUGGGCAGUUUGUCACUUGUAGAGAGUUUCAGUGAGUGGUCUCCAAAGCCACACUAUUGCUUCCAUUCCUAGCCAUUUUGCUUAUAGAGGAGCACAGUUGAGAAUGAAGGUGCCUAUUUCCACCAAUAGCUAAAGGCCUGCUAAAGACAUGCUUGAGCUUAAGCAAUCUAAUCAAGAGGAGCUGUUUCCUCAAGAUCUCCACUAGACCAGGCAUCCCCAAUCUGCGGCCCUCCAGAUGUUUUGGCUUACAACUCCCAUGAUCCCUAGUUAACAGGACCAGUGGUCAGGGAUGAUGGGAAUUGUAGUCCAAAACAUCUGGAGGGCCGAAGUUUGGGGAUGCCUGACGUAGAGCUAGUGUGGUGUAGUGAUUAGAGUGUGGACUAGACGCUCAGAGACCAGGGUUCAAAUCUCCACUUACUAUGAAGCUCGUUGGGUGACCAUGGGCCUCACAGAGUAGUUGUUCCGUAGAGGAAAGGGGUAUGUAAAUAAAUGAGUAAGUGAAAGAAAUUACCUGGGAAACUGAAAUGUAAAUAAAAUAAAGAAUUAAUUCAAAGGUCUUAUGUAAGACCUUUUUAUUCCUCUUGUGCAAGCCUUGGUCAGGUAAACACCACACUUGCACAAUACUUUGGUAUUAAGAAUUAAAAACAAACAAGCAAACAGAAUAGUUAUUGUCCCCUCCCUAAAGCAGAAGACUUCAUUUUCCCCAUUGUGAAACAUGAUAAUGAAGACAGAAGACCAAGUCCCUGGCCAUCAGUGGCAGGGCUUGAUGGAGUGGCACAACCACCCCCCAUCUUCAGCCCCUCCACUUGUGUGAACAAGGGAAGAAGGGUGCUACAGAAGUGGUGAAAUGACCUCUUUGCUCCCAGGCUGAUGCAGCAAAGAGACUUGGAUCAGGCCCAUUGCCAUCACAUGAUGGCAGAAGCAGGGCCAGCUUGGGAUCCAGAAAAUCCUGUGCUGAUACAGUACUGCCCCCCAAAAUGCCCCAUUUCAGGCAGGGAUAAUGGUGGUGGUAUUUUCCAGCAGAUUUAGUGGGCAUGUUGGGACAUUCUUUGCUAGUGUGGCUUCCUUGCCAACGGCAAAGCUGGGCAUGGCUGGGUGGAGGGACAACUCCAUCCCAUCCUAAUCUCAUCCAGCACUGUGGAUCAGGAUUUGAAUUGCUCUUCCCAGCUACUAACUUGUCCAUGCACACUUCCUGGAUCUUUUUUUAAAGGUGUGCAUGCACAGGUAAAGAAAUACUUGUAUGUAUGUACUGUAUGUAUGAAUUAGAACCAAUGUUAAAUAUUUGAACUAGCUGUUCAAAUAUCAAAUGCAAAUUUCACAUUUGUUUGUAAUUGUGAAUUAAGGAUGUAUCGAAGGUGGAAAAAAGCAGGGGGGAGUGUUGUGGUAGUCCUUUUCGGAAAAAUCAGCAUAGAAAGAGCUAUAAAUGCGUAAAAAUGAAUUUUUGUUCUGUCAGCAUAAAAAGGGCUGCUUAUUUGCUGAUAUUGGACUUUGGACCAAACAUUUUCUGCAGGAUUUUUGAUUUUGGAAGUCGAACGUUUUGGAAGUUGAACGUACUUCCGGAACAGAUUCCAUUCGACCUCCAAGGCGGAGUUUGGUGAAGCUUUCCCAGAGAAAAUGUCAACUUUGGCCAUGGAAGCACAGGGUCUUGACGAGAGAGGAAGUUUUUUUAAGCUGAUUGACACAAUUGCUUCAGAAAUCGGAGAACUGAAACAAGAAAUGGUGCAAACAGAUCUGGUGCUAGAAGAUGGACCCACCAGUUUACAAAGUCUAGAGAAAGACAUGGAUGACAUGUGUCCGGAUCAGAAAGAUUCAAAAAGCAUCAUACGAGGUUCUGGAUAUGACAGCCUCCCCAAUAAGCUCAGCAUACUAGAUAAACUUCUUCAUACGCACCCUAUCUGGUUACAGCUUAGCUUGAACGAUGCCGAGGCAGUGGAAGUUCUGCAGUCCCAGCCUCCUGGAACCUUCCUUGUAAGGAAAUCCGCAAGAAUGCAGAAGAAAGUCUUAUCUCUACGUGUAUCAAAUGAUUUUGGAUUGUGUCUCAAAGAGUUUGCAAUAAAAGAGAGCACAUAUACCUUUUCAUUGGAAGGCUCUGGAAUAAGUUUUGCUGAUUUGUUCAGGCUCAUAGCUUUCUACUGUAUUAGCAGGGAUGUCUUGCCGUUCACCUUGAAGUUGCCUCAUGCUAUUGCAACAGCAGCAACAGAGGCAGAUCUUGAACAGGUGGCUCAGCUGGGACUGAAUUUUUGGAGUUCUCCAGCUAACAACAGCCUGCAAAAUCCUUCACUCCUCCAGAAGCCUCUGCCUUCAGACAGCAUAUAUAAAGGCUCCCAGCAGCUCUGCCUCAUAAAUGGAGUUCAUUCUAUAAGAACCAGAACGCCUUCGGAGCUGGAAUGCAGCCAGACCAAUGGAGCCUUGUGUUUUAUUAAUCCUCUCUUCUUGAAAGUGCAUAGCCAGGAUGUCAGUGGAAAUUUGAAAAGGCAGUGCCCAAGAACUCAAGAUGUGAACUGCCCAGAGAGGGCUCGUUCCCCUCCACCUAGGCCACCCCCACCUUCUAUUCAUAGCCUUGUUGCAAGCCCUCAGCUAUCCAGGAAUAUAAACCAGGCAAGUCUGCUGGAAACUGCCGACCACAACAAACACUGGAACUUGGAUUUGCUGCAGAAGACGCCUGCUGCUCCUGUCCCACCUCCUCGCCUGAAGAAGAAGGCGCUCUCUUUAGAAGCAGAGAGCAGUGCAAAAAGCUCGGCUGUAAUUAGACCGAGCCAUAACUCAGUGCAUGGCUCAGAAGCUGCUCACAUUCCAGGUGGAGCCCCGCCUCAGCAGAACUUUGCAGAGAGCAAAAAGAGCUUAGCUGCACACUCUGAGUCACAAGUACAGUGGAAUGGAGGCAGGCAGAGACUAAGCAACAUGAGCCUCUCCACAUCCUCCUCUGACUCGCUUGACUUUGAUCGGAGCAUGCCGCUCUUUCCUUACGAUGGGGAUACUAACAGCAGCCUGGAAGAAUAUGAGGGGGAAAGCGACCAGGAGAGCAUGGCACCACCCUUGAAGCCUAAAAAAAAGAGGACUAGCUCGUUUGUGCUUCCCAAAAUUUUUAAAUCCCAGCUGCGGAAAGUGAGCGGAGUUUUCAGCUCCUUCAUGACCCCAGAGAAGAGGAUGAUCAAGAAAAUAGCAGAGAUGUCUCGAGAUAAGCGCACCUAUUUUGGGUGCCUGGUUCAGGACUAUGUGAGCUUCCUGCAGGAGAACAAGGAGUGCCAUGUUUCCAGCACAGAUAUGCUUCAGACUAUUCGGCAGUUUAUGACCCAAGUCAAGAGCUACUUGUCUCAGAGCUCUGAACUGGAUCCUCCAAUUGAGUCCCUGAUUCCAGAAGACCAAAUAGAUGUGGUGUUGGAGAAGGCCAUGCAUAAGUGCAUCCUGAAACCCCUCAAGGGUCAUGUUGAGGUGAUGCUAAAAGAGUUCCAUACAGCUGACGGCUCUUGGAAACAGUUGAAAGAGAACCUUCAACUUGUCCGACAACGGAAUCCUCAGGAGCUUGGGGUGUUUGUCCCAACACCAGACUUUGUAGAUGUUGAAAAGAUUAAAGUCAAGUUCAUGACCAUGCAGAAGAUGUAUUCUCCUGAAAAGAAAGUCAUGCUGCUGCUAAGAGUCUGCAAACUAAUUUACACUGUGAUGGAAAACAAUUCAGGGAGGAUGUAUGGAGCUGAUGACUUUUUGCCAGUGCUGACCUACGUUGUGGCUCAGUGCGACAUGCUGGAGUUAGAUGCUGAAAUUGAGUACAUGAUGGAGCUGCUGGACCCAUCCUUGCUACACGGAGAAGGUGGCUACUACUUGACAAGUGCCUAUGGAGCACUUUCUUUGAUAAAGAAUUUUCAAGAAGAACAAGCAGCUCGGCUGCUGUGCUCGGAAGCCCGGAAUACCCUCCGACAAUGGCAUAAACGUAGAACAACAAAUAGAAUGAUUCCAUCUGUGGAUGAUUUUCAGAACUAUUUGCGAGUUGCAUUCCAGGAAGUAAACAGUGGCUGUACAGGGAAAACCUUGCUCGUGAGACCAUAUAUUACUACAGAAGAUGUGUGCCGGCUUUGUGCUGAGAAGUUUAAAGUGGACAUUCCUGAUGAGUAUAGCCUAUUUCUUUUUAUUGACGACACCUGGCAACAGCUGACAGAAGAUACCUAUCCUCAAAAAAUCAAAGCUGAACUGCACAGCCGGCCACAGCCCCAGGUCUUUCAUUUUGUUUAUAAGCGCAUCAACAGUGACAAUUAUGGUGCCAUUUUUCAAAACGACAACAGCGAUCACACUUCAUAAAGCUCAUGUGCUUUAUGGUUGGGUUUUAAGUUGCUGAAAGCACCCUUUGCUUGCUGACUUGAGUUCAUUAGACACUUCUCUGCAGGGCUCUAAACCAAAUGUCUGGUAAGAACAUGAACAACAAUCACUGCCACUGACUAAAUGUAAUAUCUAUACAGGGCCAUUGUACAGCUGUAGAACAGAAGUGCUACAGGGUAUGGAGAGGGGGCUGAACUUUAUGGAUCACUGAUCUUCUCAAAUAUACUGCAGUAUGUCACACCAGCACAUCUGUAUUGCAUUUUACUCUCCUCUUUAGUUCAAGCCCUAGUUUGCAUUAACUUUACUGAUGGCCAGACUAUCUAUAAGCUAGCUGGUGGGCUAUCCAUUUCACCAGUGUACAUAUAUAUAUGCAAAACUGUCCAGUGCAGGGCAUCAAUAAACUCUGUCAUAUGGAUGGUAGCAGCCUUCUCUAAAAUAGAAUUAUGAUUAUUUUACUGAAGGCAGCUUGUUUUUAUAUGUAUCACAGAAAUUUUAUAACAGUUGCAGGUAAACUGUCAUGGUUGGUCCUUAAAAUAUUUUUUAAAACUAUAAAAUGUUCUAUAAUUCUGCAUGUGAUUUUUAACAUUUAAUAUUCAAAAUAAAUCUCUUGCUGGUUUUAGAGUAUUACAUUGAACACUCCUGUGAGAUUUAGAUUGUUUAUUGCCUUUUCUUCCCUGAUUUAAGUGUUUUUAAAUCUAUCAAACUCAUUUUAAGGUUGAUAAAAUUCUGUAAGUAAUUUGUAUUUUUGACAUUGGCUACCCAAAGCCUUUUAGAAACCUGAUGUACCACUUACUGAAUAAUUAUUUAUAUAUACUGCAAUCUUGAAUGGACAGAUAAAUUGGACAAAAGUAUUUGAAAGAAGUGAAUAUAGAGACCAGGAAAGUGAGAAAACAUAGUGUGGCUGCUUUAGAAAUGACGUGUUUUAGGGCAUGUGUUUCAAAUAACACAGUUUAGUUACUCCAUUGUUGUACACAAAGUUAGCCAAAGAAAGAUAGCUGAGAGCUUCAUCACUCCUCUUUGUGGAAGAGUGACUGGACAUUGUUGAAGAUAGAUGUGAGUGACAGUCACUCAAAAUGGGGGGGUUGUAUUGUGAGGUUACCCCCAGUCUGCUGGUUCAGGCUUCUUGCAGAACGUAAGUGAAGGAAGUGGGGGGGGGGUCCAAAGUUUGAAAUAUUGUACAAAUACAAAUAUUGAUUUGACAUCUGUUACGUUAGAAACAGCAAAGAACUGAAUUUACAGGUUAAACAGAUUUAUGCAGACUGAAAUGAGCAACAUCACCUGCAUUUUACUGUGGCUGAAAAAGUAAAUGUUUUCCAUAGGCAUACAAAUUGUAAGUUUCUUUCCAGAGAACUAAAACUGGGUUGUAAUUUUGAAUAAAGUCUACCUAAAAGAUAAUCGCUCCCUCCAAAUCUUCUGUGCAACCCCAGAGGAAGUGGGAGAUGAGAGAUAUUUCAUGGGGUGGAUUUUACUGUCUGGCUCUGCAAGUGCAUUUUGUAUGUACGUAAAUAUUUAUAUGCAUGUUGAUUUGCCACAUACCUGCCACCUUGACAUGUGUCUAUGUUGUAUUUCAUUUUGUAAAUGAUAAAACAGUAGUUUUGCACAUAAUACAUUGUAAUACUUUACUAUAA